GGGCCGUGUUACAAAACCUAGUAUAUUUCAGUUGUUUUCUUCUAUUUUUAUGUUCACGCCAAAGCUCUUCGACUCUGCGCGUCGCAAACUCUUGAUCUCUGACAGAGAGCUCCUGCAAUCUGAGAAGUCUUGAGUCUUGAUGGGAGGUGAGCCUUUUCUUCUUCAUAACGGAGAACCAGCCAUGGCCACAUAUGACUGGAAAACUCAAUUGUCAUUUAUUACGCGUCAGAAGAUCGUCAACAAGAUACUGGACACACUAAAGAAAGUUAUUCCAUUAUCUGGACAAGAAGGAAUCAACGAGCUUUGGAGAAUUGCUGUUAGAUUCGAGGAGAAAGUUUUCAGGGGUGCUGCUAACCGGACUGAUUACCUUCGGAAAAUAUCCCUCAAGAUGUUGACCCUGGAGGGUAGACGGUAUAAUGCACCUGGCUCUUCCUCAUCCAUCCCUGCUGAUAAUAACACCCGGCCCUUGGAAGUGGAUAUGGGCCAUCUUAUGAUCAAUGACAAUUCGGAGACUUCUCUCCUGAACGAAGAACCUUCCAUGAACACAUGUGAAGGGGGCCACUAAAAGCCAUUUGCGUUUGGAACUUUCAGGCGAUUCCAUAUAUGUAUUAAUAAUAUUAAGCGGAGAAACCUUCAAAAUUGAAUAAAAAGGGUUAUUGCGUUUGUAUAAUGACAUGGACCAACUUGUUGUGUAAUCAGUAACAAGAUGAAAUGUUUCUUGACGAGGAAGCAAUGCCUUAAGUAAGGCUCCUCUUUGCGUUUGGAUUUAUGCAUUAGUACGUUGUUUAUCUUAUUCUUGAGCCAAUUUAAUGACAAAAGUCCGUAGAAACAGAAUGUUUUGCUAACGUUUUUGUUGUAUUGCUUGGACCUGUGACUAUGUUACAUAGAUAGACAAGUGUUAUAAGGAAUUGAGAAGUUCAUGAGAAUUGUUGUCAGCUUCGAGGAGUUAAUUUUCAACACCCGUUAUAAACCAGGUUUUCACGUUUUUGAUUAAGCUCAAUGUGUACUUUCUUGAUAUCUUCAUCUUCUCCACUUCUUGAUAUCCUUGUUCCUUGAAGAUGAAGAGUAUGGAAGAGGGAAGCUAAGUGAAUAAUAAGGGGCGUUCAAAGCGGUUUAAAUCUUUCAGGAAGACAGUUCCAAAGAAGAAAUUAUCAUUUUAAUUAAUGAACUAGAUUCUUGACCGUGUUGACCGUGCAUCCGCAUGAGUUUUUUCUAUCUUUUAUAUAAAUAAAUAAAUAUAUAUAUAUAUAUAUAUAUAUAUUUAUUUAUUGUACGUAGAGUCGUGGUCAACAUUAUAUUAUUAUUUGUAUUAAAUGUUAUUUUUUUAUAAGUAUAAUGUAAUAUUCAGUUUUAAUCAAUUAAAUCUGUUACAUAUAUAUAUGCUAAUAUAUCAUAUUAAUUGUUAAAAAUGUAAGAGAAAAAUAUUACUUUGUGAAUUAGUUAAAAUAUAGAUCAUAUGAAUAAUUCAAAAAUAUUGAUUAGUCUGUAUUAAUUCAAAUAUGGAUAAAAUUAAUUGAUUAUCUAUUUUAGGGAAAAUUAUAUUAACAUAUAGAAGAUUGUGACAAUUUAUUCCGAUUUAGUUUUUUUUUAAUCAAUAUACGUGAAAAUCAAUCUAAAAUUUUGAACAUAUGACCAUUGAAUCCGGUUUAAACAUAAAUCAUUCAAAUUAUUAUAAUUAUCUUAUAAAUAGUUUGGUUCAUCUCAUUUCAUAGUAAAAACUGAUUACAUUAUUUUUAAUGUAAAUUGAUAGUUACAUCAAUACUAUUAAAACAGAAGGCCCUUUUUUGAGGUACCCUUCUCUUUCAACAAUAUUUACCAGAUUCUGCCACUGGAAUAUUUUAAGCUAUGUUUUUAAUUUAAUUAUGUAUUUUUCUGAGAUUUCUUUUAUUUAAACAACAACACUACAUUUACUGCCUAUCGAAACUAUGUGUAUAAUUACAUAUCAAAUUAACACCUUCUUGAUGCAUUUUUCAGUUAGUAAACGUUGUUAAAUGGAAAAAAAUAGACGAUGCUUCAUCUACAUAUUAAACGAUGGAACAUAAUUUAAAAAACUCAAUUGCUAUAACACACUGAUUUUCAUUUCUUACACAGUACAUUUACCAAAUCUUUGUAUAUUGAUAAUGAUGUUCCAUCGACACUGAAGCUUCAACGAUUAAAGUUUGAAGGUUUCCCUCUCGAAUAUUGGAUUCUGCAAGCUUCCAAAUUAAAA